AUGUCGACCAAGCAAGAGCACGAGUCGUCAGGGAGCAACUCCCCCAAGAGCAGCACUCCCGCUCCCUCAACAACCACCAGCAACACCUCCCAGAGCACCGGCAACGCCAGCGCCGAUGACAACCUCAUCUGCAAAUGGAACAGCUGCAACCUGAAGUUUGUCACGCCCGAGGCUCUCUAUGAGCACAUCUGCGAGCGCCAUGUCGGUCGCAAGAGCACCAACAACCUCAACCUGACUUGCCAGUGGAACUCCUGCAGGACGACCACCGUGAAGCGUGACCACAUCACCUCUCACAUCCGUGUCCACGUUCCGCUCAAGCCUCACAAGUGUGAGUUCUGCGGCAAGUCCUUCAAGCGCCCCCAGGAUUUGAAGAAGCACGUCAAGACCCAUGCCGACGACUCGGUGCUCGUCCGAUCACCUCAGAACCAGGGCCUGAACGGCUAUCGGGCGCAGCCUGGCAAAGCUUCUUCUAGCUACUAUGAUCAUAAUGGCCACAUGAGGACUAACUCGGCCGCCUUCGCACACCAGGCUGGGCAUGCUAGCUACUAUGCACCCCAACCAUCUACAAACUAUGGACUGUACUUCAACCAACAACCCUUGAACCCUCCCCGAACUGAGUACAUCGGCCACCACCCUGGCGGCUACGACAACCGGAAACGCGCCUUCGACAUGGUCGACGAUUUCUUCGCACACGCCAAGCGUCGCCAGGUCGACCCCACCUCCUACCAGCAGGUUGGCCGAUCCCUUCUCCCUCUUCACGGCGCCCUCGGCCUUCACGCCGGCCCCAUGCCCGGCUCCGACUACAUGGCGGCCCCUCCCCCGCAGCACGUUCAGCAGCACCACCAGCACGUCGGUGGUGCUCCCUCUGGUCCUGGCCCUCUGACCCAGCAGUACUACUUGCCGCCCAUGCCCAACGCCCGCACCAAGAGCGAUCUCAUCCAAAUCGAUCAAAUCUUGGAGCAAAUGCAGAGCACCGUCUACGAGAACGCAAACCAGGCCACCCAAGGAAUUCACAUCCACGGCCAGAACACGUUCGACCUCCGCCACAGCCCCUCGCCCCCUGGCGGCCACAGAGGCUCCGCCGCUGGCAUUUCGGUCACCCACGGAGGCUACGAUGCCGUGUCCGCUGCUCACAUGGCGUCGCCUCUCACUGCCAUCUCCUCCACCGGAACACCCGCCGUCACUCCCCCCUCAAGCACCAUGUCUUACACUUCUGGUCACUCGCCCAGCCCCUCUUCUUCCGGCAUGUCUCCUCAAUCGAGACACAGCUCAACCGCCUCCUCAGUCAUGUACCCCAACCUCCCUGCCGUCAGCUCCGUCUUCCCCGGUCAGUCAACCACAUCAACUCUCGGACCCAGCUUCGACAGCAACGAGCGCCGACGCUACUCGGGCGGCAUGCUCCAGCGUGCUGCCCCCUCGUCGCCUAGGUCGCCUCGCAUCAUGGAGGACUCCUCCGGCGUCACCACCCCCAAGGCGGAGUCUGUCGCCUCGUCUGUCGGUUCUCCUUCCUCCGAAUCGGACAUGAGCGAGGGCGCUCGUGACCGCGAGGAGAAGUACGACCAAUGGUUGGAGAACAUGCGCACCAUCGAGGCCCUUCGCGAGUACAUCCGCGAGCGGAUAGAUCGCAACGACUUCGCCUCCGAGGAGGCUGCUGCCAACCGCCUCAAGUCUCCUGAGCCCAUGGAGGUUGACGCGAAACCCGGCCCGGCGGCGCCGCUCUACCCCGUCCUGCGCAUGCCCAACUGA